GUUUCCUAGGAAACGUGGACUCCGCGUUCCACUCUGCGUCGCUGCCCCCUUGACGUCACGCUCCGGAUGGGAGGGCGGGGCGUGUGCUACCGCCAGGGGCGGGGCGGCACGGGCGGGCCGGCCGGGCUGUGCACCUGCGCCUCGGCGGGCCGUCUGGGGCACCGUCCCCGGCCCGCCCGGCCCCGCCAUGGCCCGGCCGCAGAGGACUCCGGCGCGCAGUCCCGAUAGCAUCGUCGAGGUGAAGAGCAAAUUUGACGCCGAAUUCCGACGCUUCGCGCUGCCCCGCGCUUCGGUGAGCGGCUUCCAGGAGUUCUCACGGUUGCUGCGUGCGGUGCACCAGAUCCCGGGCCUGGACGUGCUACUUGGCUAUACGGAUGCUCACGGCGACUUGCUGCCCCUCACCAACGACGACAGCCUGCACCGGGCCCUGGCCAGCGGGCCACCACCACUGCGCCUACUGGUGCAGAAGCGGGCAGACGCUGACUCCAGCAGCCUGGCUUUUGCCUCCAACUCUCUGCAGCGGCGCAAGAAAGGGCUCCUGCUGCGGCCAGUGGCACCCCUGCGCACUAGACCACCCCUCCUAAUCAGCCUGCCCCAAGAUUUCCGCCAAGUUUCCUCAGUCAUAGAUGUGGACCUACUGCCUGAGACCCAUCGACGGGUGCGGCUGCACAAGCAUGGUUCAGACCGCCCCCUGGGCUUCUACAUCCGAGAUGGCAUGAGUGUGCGUGUGGCUCCCCAGGGCCUGGAGCGGGUUCCAGGCAUCUUCAUCUCCCGCCUGGUACGUGGGGGCCUGGCUGAGAGUACAGGGCUGCUGGCGGUCAGUGAUGAGAUCCUCGAGGUCAAUGGCAUUGAAGUAGCCGGGAAGACCUUGGACCAAGUGACGGACAUGAUGGUCGCCAACAGCCAUAACCUCAUUGUCACCGUCAAGCCUGCCAACCAGCGCAAUAAUGUGGUGCGAGGGGCAUCUGGGCGUUUGACAGGUCCUCCCUCUGCAGGGCCUGGGCCUGUUGAGCCUGAUAGUGAUGAUGACAGCAGUGACCUGGUCACUGAGAACCGCCAGUCUCCCAGUUCCAAUGGGCUAUCUCAGGGUCCCCCGUGCUGGAACCUGCACCCUGGCUGCCGAUAUCCUGGUGCCCGCAGCUCUCUGCCCUCCCUGGGUGACCAGGAGCAGAUAGGUUGCCUGAACUGGGAAAGAGGAUGGAGGACUCAACAGUGCAGGUUUUGCAUCUGUAUCACCCGUGACCUUGACAAUGACAGGUUCUUUUGUGCCACUCCACGCCUCCCUGAAUCGGGAUGGGCCUGGUGCUGUGCAUUUAGGUGAAUCUGAGGGUCAGGCAGCUAACUGGGUGAUGAAGAAGGAAGUGAGAAGGAGGAACUUGGGGCAGAGAAAAGAAAGGGUCUGUCAGCUCAUGAGAAGCAGGUGUUUGGCCCUGCUCUCUGUCUCCAGAGGAAGGGCCUGCAUUUGUCUCACCUUGAGGGGAUCAAAACUUGGGAUCCCCUAGGAAGUGGCAAGAGUUCAUUUGCCUGUUGCAAGAGUGACAGCUUUGGGAUGUUUUCCACUCAUUGCUAGACCAUAGCUGGACCGGACCUUGUCCAUGGAGUAGCUCCUGGUCACAGGUGACAGGGCAUCAGUGAUGUUGUCCUGGCAGGGUUGGGGUGGGAGGGCAGUAAAUGCAUCUGGGGUCCUGAGACCAAGCCACUGGAUGACAGCUCUGUCCAACCAUCAAAGCUCUCUGGGAAGAGCCAGCUGGUGCUGGCCAUUUUGGAAACUGCACAUCCUGCUGCCUCCUGGGCCUCCUCUGUGUUCCUUAGACACUGCAAACAGACAUAGGAAUUUCAAGUUCAUGGAUAAUUUCCCCUCCCUCCAACUGCUUUUCCUCCUGUAUCUCGUCUGUGCA